UAAAAAAAAGAAUAAUUUAUGAUUUAAAGCAAUGCCACAGAAGACGAUUGGUUCUUUUUUUACAAAAAAAGCUGAGCAAAAGAAGGAGAAUGGGAUCUUUGAAGAAGUUAGUGUGGCUUACUCAAUUAAAUACUCACCUAAAUCUGUUGCGAUUAGGAAAGAAUCAUCUUUUUGGUAACAAUCUAAUGCUUUUGAGGAAAAACUUUAUUAUAUUCUCUAUUGGAAGAACAUCUGAAAGACUUUAUCUUGAAAAUGAAAAAAGCAGUGAUGUUAAAUGUAAAGAAGAUGAACAUAAAGAUCAGACAAUAGAUAAUCCUGUGGUUUCUUUGGAAAAAGAAAAUGAACAUUCAAAAAGUUUUUUGGAUGCUUCAAAAACAAUUAUUAAUGAAGAAAUUCCAAUAAAGCGAAAAACAGCAAGAAAAACAGUAGUUGGUCCAAAGAAACCAAAUGAACAACUAAGGAAUGAUUUACAACCCAUAGAAUCUACUAAUAAGUCAUUUGAAAAUUCAGUAAAAUGUGAUUCACCAAGUAAAGACCCUUUUGAUGGAAAUGAAAACCAUAAGAUUUUCAAUGAAAAUGUAGAUAAUCAUACAACCGCAUCAACAAAGCGCAAAAACAAUGAAGAAUCUCCUGAAAAAUCAAUUGAUGUAAAGUCUUCAAGUUUUUUUGCCAAAAAACCUCGUCUUGAGAAAAAAAAUAAAAAACUUCCAGUGUCUUUAGAAGAAACAAAAGAAGAGAUAUUAGAACCAAAAUUAGAUGUGGUGGAUCAGCCUUCACCAUCUCAUAAGAAACCUGAUUCUGUAAAAAAUGGCAAAAAAGAUUGUCUAAAGCCUGAUUGUGUAAAACCUGACAAAUUUAAUCCUGCAUCUUCUACUUACCAUCCUAUGAAAAAUGCUUGCUGGUGCAAAAAUGAGAAUGUUCCUUAUGAAGCUUUAACAAGAACUUUUCAAGAAAUAGAGGAAAUAUCAGCAAGAUUAAAAAUUCAAUCGGUGCUGUGCAAUUUUUUCCGCUCUGUUAUUGUCUUGACACCAAAUGAUUUGUUGCCUUGUGUUUAUUUGUGUUUAAAUAAAUUAGCUCCAGCAUAUGAAGGUAUGGAACUAGGAAUUGGUGAAAAUGUUUUGAUGAAAGCUGUUUGCUCUUCAACAGGCAAAAACAUGACUCAAAUAAAAGCUGAAGUUGCAGAAAAAGGAGACCUUGGAAUAGUUGCAGAGAGUUGUCGCUCUAAUCAGCGUAUGAUGUUCGCUCCCCCUUCAUUAACAGUUAGUGGUGUCUUCAAAAAAUUGAAAAAUAUAGCUGAAAUGACAGGUCAUUCGUCUAUGGCAAAAAAAAUUGAAAUAAUUCAACAGAUGUUUGUAGCAUGCAAAAAUUCAGAAGCAAGAUAUUUAAUUAGGUCAUUAGGUGGUAAACUAAGAAUUGGUCUUGCAGAACAGUCUGUGUUAUCUGCUUUAGGACAAGCCGUUGUAUUAACUCCUCCAGGUCAAGAUUAUCCUCCACAAAUUAUUGAUGCAAGUACAAUUUUGUCUUCAGAAAAACUGAAGGCUGAAUGUGAUGAGGCUUCAUUGGCCAUCAAAACAGCUUAUUGUGAACUACCAUCAUAUGAUAUAAUUAUACCUCAACUGUUGUUAAAUGGUUGGAGAAAAUUGCCACUAACAUGCCAUAUAACACCAGGAAUACCAUUAAAACCUAUGUUGGCACAUCCUACAAAAGGAGUGAGUGAAGUUCUAAAACGAUUUGAUGAUGCAAAGUUUGUUUGUGAGUAUAAAUAUGAUGGAGAGCGAGCCCAAAUUCAUUUGCUUGACAAUGGUGAAGUUAAGAUAUAUAGCAGAAACCAAGAAAAUAAUACAUCUAAAUAUCCAGAUAUUGUUGCACGAAUACCUAAGGUAAUAAAAACACAUGUACGGUCUUGUAUUAUUGACACUGAGUCUGUGGCCUGGGAUCAAGAGAAUAAAAGAAUUCUACCUUUUCAAGUGUUGACAACAAGAAAGCGAAAGGAUGUAGAAGAAAAUGACAUUAAAGUUCAAGUUUGUGUACAUGCGUUUGACUUGUUGUACCUAAAUGGCGAGUCUUUAGUGGGUAAACCAUUUAGUAAAAGAAGGGAAUUGCUGAUGUCUGCAUUUAAUCAAGUUGAAGGGGAAUUUGUUUUUGCUACUGCAAAGAUUCUAAGUGACACAGAUGAAAUUUCAGAAUUUCUUGAUGAAUCUAUACAAGGUAAUUGUGAAGGACUGAUGUUGAAAACUUUAGAUGUUGACGCUACUUAUGAAAUUGCAAAGCGAUCCCAUAAUUGGUUAAAGCUUAAGAAAGAUUAUUUAGAGGGGGUUGGAGACACGCUUGAUUUAGUUGUUAUUGGUGGAUAUCAUGGGACUGGUAAAAGAACAGGAAAGUAUGGGGGAUACCUGCUGGCAUGUUAUGAUGAAGAUAACGAGGAAUACCAAACAAUAUGCAAGGCUGGUACUGGCUUCACGGACGAGCAAUUAGCUAAGCACUACGAGUUCUUCAAAAAUCAUGUCAUUGAAAAACCGCGCUCGUAUUACCGAUUUGAUGACGGCAUGAAACCAGACCAUUGGUUUGAACCAGUACAAGUUUGGGAAAUACGUGCCGCUGAUUUAUCUAUCUCUCCAAUUUACAGAGCAGCUAUUGGAAUCGUUGAUCCUGAUAAAGGAAUUUCGCUUCGUUUUCCGCGUUUUUUACGUGUGCGAGAUGACAAAAAGCCUGAAGAAGCUACAUUGUCACAACAAGUAGCUGAAUUUUAUAAUAAUCAAGACCAGAUUAAAAAUGCCAGCGAUUUUAAAUCUAAAUCCAAGAUCGAAGAAGAUUUCUACUGAUUCGAUAUUAUUAGAGAAUCAAUAACUUAGAUCAGGGGUAAAAAUGUCCUGGAAUUAAGAGAUCACAUUUAGGAUUAAAAUGUUUUUGAUGUAAUUUUAAUGGUGUCUCUACAAAUCAUUUCAGUUUUAGGUUGUUCGAAUAACAAGAAUAAACCUAGUUCAAACCGAUAUACAUUCGCUGUUACGCUUUCCACGUUUGAGUUCAAUUUUUUAUAAACAAUAUUUAUAUGAGUUUGGUAAAUGAAAACCUUAAGCUUUAGAUAA